AUGAGCCCUAGUAUACCCUCUCUCGGCACUCGCUUCAGCCUCAACAACGACAUUGGCACUAUCAGGUAUACAGGCCCGGUUGGAAAUACACCAGGUAUCUGGCUCGGUGUUGAAUGGGAUGACCCAGGCCGCGGCAGACAUGAUGGAUCCAAGGAUGGCACCAGAUAUUUCUCCUGUCGUUUUGCAUCCGCAGGGUCUUUCAUCAGGCCUAAUCAGCACAUACAAUAUGGUGUAACCUUUCUGGACGCUCUCACAGCAAAAUAUAUUGAACCUUUGCAUGGAUCAGACGAGAUAGUCACUCUCGGAUCUUCUCAAGGCGCCAUCCAAGUCACCGCUGUUUCCUUGGAUAAAAUCAGAGAUAAAUUUUCUCGAUUGGACCGCUUGCGUGAGGUCAGCCUAGACAAGGCCACUGUGGUGCAAGGAGAUCCCCCGGCUGAUAUCACAAAAACCUGUCCAAACAUCCGUGGAUUGGAUCUCUCCCAGAAUCUGCUACCCAACUGGGAAACAGUAGCUGAUAUCACAGGGCCUUUGUUUCUGCUUGAGAGACUUUCUUUAAGUCGGAAUCGUCUUCAGAUGCCCUUGAAUUAUGAUCGUUUGGCAACUGCUUUUCAGAGGUUGACGGAAAUUCAGUUGAACGACACUCUGAUCAGCUGGUCUGAUAUGCAGACGAUAACAGCUUUCAUGCCACAGCUUCGGGUGAUUGAACUGGGCUAUAACCAUCUCUCCAGACUGUGCGGUGAUAAACGUAGUACCGCAUUCAAACCCAACCUUGAAUCCCUCAACCUGGACACCAAUGCAUGCUCCGACUGGAUGCAUAUUUGUGAUUCUUUUAGGGAAUACGAUUCUUUACAGCGCGUUGUCUUGACUUCUAAUCACAUCGAAGAUAUCCCCUUUCCAGAGUCUUCCUCGAACUGCCUACCUGGUAUCAAGUAUCUCUCAUUGUCGGACAAUCGCAUCAGCUCGUGGGAAACCAUCGAUGCUUUAUCCUGUUGGCUACCUUCUCUGGAGACAUUGAUGAUGAAUGGGAAUCCGCUUAUGAAUGAUAAUGACCUCGGAACACAAUCCCGGCCCUUUAUGAUCGCGAGAGUACCGUCUCUUGUGACAUUAGAUGGGGCGUUUAUAUCUUCAAGGGAACGCACAGAUUCCGAACUUUUUUACAUGUCGACCAUCAUACAACAGGGGAAUGUAGCGGAUGACGUGAGGGCUAAAACGCACUAUCGUUGGCCUGAUUUGUGCAAAAAGUAUGGUAAACCAGACCAAGUUCAAAAGCAGAAAAAUGUUCAGAAUAAGCUCAGCGACCAUCUAAUAGAUCUUCAAGUGUAUCCUUACGACAAAUCUAUGGAACAAAGCAGCGGUGCUUUUGCGUCUAACCCACAAACAACGCUUCGGGUUCUUCCUACGAUGUCAUUCCGUGUUUUGCGCCUGAAGAUAUGCAAGAUUCUCAAGGUUGACUACCGUCGAACUAAUGUCGCAUUCUGGUUGCACAUGGGAAACGGCACUCUCACGAAACUUGACAAAGAGCAUGACCUUAGAGACCUUGACUGGCUUGGGGUAGACAGCGGUUCACAAAUUGUGUAUCAAGUCCAGUGA